AUACAAACAGUCAUAGUGAACUCUCGUGUUCCACGUUCGCAUCUGGUCACUUGUCUUCUUGCGUUCACGUCAGCAGUAUAAUCGUUUGCCUUCGGUAGACGCUAUGGCUGAAGAGGUUGGGCCAACUGUCGAGGUUCAGUAUGUACCAACUGAGGAGCUUCAGCCUGUAGAAGAUUUAGACGGUGUCCUCUCCGGUCUUGCGACAAAGCUUGACUCCAAAGACUGGUUCGUCGUCUGCGAAGGGCUCAUUGAACUCCGGAGGAUUUCGAAGUUUAACAGCGAGCACCUUACUGGCAGGCUUGAGAGCUAUUUUGAUCCAAUGGUGAAGUCCCUGAAGAACCCUAGGAGCGUCCUUAGGAAGACUUUGUGGAUGACCUUUGAGGACCUGUUUAGAUUCAACACGACGUGCAUGGAAGGCUCGCUUGAAUCCUUGAUGCAACCGCUGCUUAUCCAAGCCUCACAAGAUAAUAAGUUUAUGGUUGAAGCGGUCGACCGUGCGCUUUCCACGAUGACUUCAACUCUCAAUCCGGAAGUCACCUUUAAAGCACUCCAGCCAUCCAUCGCUCACAAGAGUCCGAGAGUCCGGUCCAAGGCCAUGAUUUACGCCUACCAAGCUGCAGUUCGACUGAACACUGACCAGGUCAAGGCCAUUGGCCUAGAUGUGCUUCUAAAGAUUGCUGCAGCUCAGAUGAAGGACCAAAUCCCAGAGGGACGGGAAGCAGCUCGGAAGCUUGCAGUUUACCUGCAUUCGUUAUAUGUUGCUAUGGAAGAUGCAGCUGCGGAGAGCCAGGAGGGUUCCUCCGAACCAUGGGAAGGAUAUUGCAGCAAAAGGCUUUCAUCAACCGAUGCUGCAGCUGUGCUCAAGGUUUCAGGUUAGACGACUUACAGUUAUUAUCAUUGCUUCAUGUCUUGGUGAAGCAAUCCUGAGGAGGAUUUGUGAAAUCUUAGUGUGAACGAAAUGGCAUGUCACAGAGGUAUUCUAUGCAUACCUCCCUUCAAACCAUUACCUAAUCCAGUUUUCCAUCUUGCAGAGUCACAUGAACUAUUGAAGCUACACAGGCCCACCAACGGGAUAACAAUCGACCGCUUGUAAAUUUCAACAACAGGAUCUUACGGAGUGGAAGUAAAGCUAAAACGUUGAUAUCACUAAGCCAAUUGCAGCUGCAACCUAAAUUGUUGUAGGGGU